AUGGAAAGUGAUCAUCCACCACUGUGGAGGGAGGGCACAGUGCUUCUGAAGCCUCAAGUUCAUUCCCAGCAGGCUGUCCAUCUGGCCCAGGCAAGCUUCCAGAUUGAAGCCUUUGGCUCCAAAUUCAUUCUUGACCUCACAUUGAACAAUGGUUUGCUGUCUUCUGAUUAUGUGGAGAUUCACUAUGAAAAUGGGAAACCACAGUACUCUAAGGGUGGAGAGCACUGUUACUACCAUGGAAACAUCAGAGGUGUCAAGGACUCAAGGGUGGCUCUGUCAACCUGCAAUGGACUUCAUGGUAUGUUUGAAGAUCAUACCUUUGUGUAUAUGAUAGAACCACUGGACCUGGUUCACAAUGAGAAAAGCGCAGGUCGACCACAUGUAAUCCAGAAAAUCUUGGCAGGACAAUAUUCUAAGCAAAUGAAGAAUCUCAGUAUGGAAAGCAGUGACCAGUGGCCCUUUCUAUCUGAAUUACAGUGGUUCAAAAGGAGACAGAAGAGAGCAGUGAAUCCAUCCCGUGGUGUGUUUGAAGAAAUGAAAUAUUUGGAACUAAUGAUUGUUAAUGAUCACAAAACGUAUAAGAAGUGUCGUUCUUCUCUUGCGCAUGCGAACAACUUUGCAAAGUCUGUGGUCAACCUUGUGGAUUCUAUUUACAAGGAGCAGCUUAAUACCAGGGUUGUCCUGGUGGCUGUGGAGACCUGGACCGAGAGGGAUCACAUUGACAUCACCACCAACCUCGUGCAGAUGCUCCACGAGUUCUCCAAAUACCGACAGCGUAUCAGGCAGCAUGCUGAUGCUGUGCAUCUCAUCUCGCGUGUGACAUUCCACUAUAAGAGAAGCAGCCUGAGUUACUUUGGAGGUGUCUGUUCUCACACAAGGGGAGUUGGUGUGAAUGAGUAUGGUCUUCCAAUGGCAGUGGCACAAGUAUUAUCGCAGAGCCUGGCUCAAAACCUUGGAAUCCAAUGGGAACCUUCUAGCAGAAAGCCAAAGUGUGACUGCACAGAAUCCUGGGGUGGCUGCAUCAUGGAAGAAACAGGGAGUCCAGCUCGGGAACACGAGGCAUGUGAGCAUGAAGGCUUGAAGAGAGACUCAGCCAUUAUGCCUGCUACUUUAGAGCACGUGUUUCUAGAAAUUAGUUCAAACUUGACUGUUAACUUUGAUGCUUCCCUUUCUAUUCUAUUUGAACCCACAGAAUGUGGAAAUGGAUACGUAGAAGCUGGGGAGGAGUGUGAUUGUGGUAUCCAUGUGGAGUGCUAUGGACUGUGUUGUAAGAAGUGCUCUCUCUCCAAUGGGGCUCACUGCAGCGACGGGCCUUGCUGCAAUAGUACCUCGUGUCUGUUUCAGCCACGAGGAUAUGAAUGUCGGGAUGCUGUGAAUGGAUGUGAUAUUACCGAAUAUUGUACUGGAGACUCUGGCCAGUGCCCACCAAAUCUUCAUAAGCAAGAUGGAUAUGCUUGCAAUCAAAAUCAGGGCCGCUGCUACAACGGGGAGUGCAAGACCCGGGACAACCAGUGUCAGUACAUCUGGGGAACAAAGGCUUCAGGGUCUGACAAAUUCUGUUAUGAAAAGCUGAAUACAGAAGGCACGGAGAAGGGUAACUGUGGGAAGGAUGGAGACCGAUGGAUCCAGUGCAGCAAACACGAUGUGUUCUGUGGAUUUUUGCUCUGCACCAACCUUACUCGAGCACCACGUAUUGGUCAACUUCAGGGUGAGAUCAUCCCAACCUCCUUCUACCACCAAGGCCGGGUGAUUGACUGCAGUGGUGCUCAUGUGGUUUUAGAUGAUGAUACAGAUGUGGGCUAUGUCGAAGAUGGAACACCAUGUGGCCCAUCUAUGAUGUGUUUAGAUCGGAAGUGUCUACAGAUUCAGGCCCUAAAUAUGAGCAGCUGCCCCCUCGAUUCCAAGGGUAAAGUGUGUUCAGGCCAUGGGGUGUGUAGUAAUGAAGCCACCUGCAUCUGUGAUUUCACCUGGGCAGGGACAGACUGCAGUAUCCGGGAUCCAGUUAGGAACCUGCACCCCCCCAAAGACGAAGGACCCAAGGUGAACAUGGCCACAAGCAGGCUAAUAGGUGCCGUGGCUGGCACCAUUCUGGCCCUGGGGGUGAUUUUUGGAGGCACAGGGUGGGGAAUAGAAAAUGUCAAGAAGAGGAGGUUUGAUCCUACUCAGCAAGGCCCCAUUUGAAUCAGCGGCCCUGGAUGAACAGCAUCUUGCACUGUGGGAUUCUGGGUAUGACAUACUUGCAGCAUCGUUGCCAGAACUAUUAAGUCUGUGAACAAAAACCUUGGGUGGUAAUGACUAGAGAACUAACGUUGGGGUAACAGGGAUGGGGUCAAAGAAAACUGUCCUUUUUGGAAAUAAUUUCAAAGAACCCCUCCCACCACCUAUCAAUAAAAGGGAGCAAAAGACAAUAUUGUACAAAGAACUAUUUCAGAAUUUUUUUUUUCUAAGGAAAGGAAGAAGGAACAACAAAAAUUAAGUGCAAUAAAAGAACCAUUAAAAAAUAGCAAAGGAUCUUUUUCUUUCCUCAGCCUGCUACCACUUAAUAUCUUCUAAAUGAUUUAGCAUGAUUUUUUUUUCUUUUCUUACCAAUGACACACUCCAGCGGCAUGAAGAUCUAAUUUUCGAAAGGGUAAAAUCUGCAUGGCCUAUAUACAACAAACAGCUAUCAAGCCAAUCCACAGCAAAACCUGCAACUGAUUUCCUAAGAUGAAAGUGGCAGAUGAACCCACGGAAGCUGCCUGCCCCCAUCCCCCUGCUUCCUAGUCUUGACCAGGCCAUGAGGAACUCCACACACCCCUGCUCUUGUUGAUUCACUUCCUGUUGUCUUUUCUCCUGGACCUCACAUCCUUUGGAAAUGGUAGCUGGAAUUUGAACAAUGAUGCUAUUGUAUAGUUCUUUUAUAAAUGUAAAUAUGGAAAUAGAUUUUGACACAUCAUUUUCACUUGUCUGUACUGAAAUAUUUCUCUUGUAAAGGUUGUCUGUAAAUUUGAGUUUAUUGUUUGUUCUCCAUCAUUUUGAUUCUUUUUCUCUAUUUCUCUUGUCUCUAUCCUCUCUUGUAACAUGUUGUACAAUGAUUCUUGAGUUUGCUUAAAAAAAAACAAACAAACAGAUAUGGCCACAGAUUCAAGGAGUUUGGGCACAAAGCAGGUGCAAUUAAAAAAAAAAAGAAAUGAUUGAAUGAGAUGAAAUGCUUGAAACCAAAAAUAAACAAAGGGUGGGGGACACAAAGAACAAAACAACCCAUAAGAAAAGCAUAAAAAUUAUGUAAAUGCAAAUAUAUGUACUCACAAGUCUCUAACUUUUUUGAUGUCAUUAUAAACAUCUGUAUAUAAUGUAAGAAAGUAGAUGCCCUCUCAAAUUAAUCACAAAAGUGCCAAGCUCAUGAUGUUAGUUUUUAAUUUUGACAGUUUUCUUUCCCUGUCUUUAAUGUGAAAGGAGGAUAAACUUAAAGCCUUAAAUUCAAAAAUAAUUUUUAAAUGUUGAAAGCUUGGGGAAAAAGUUAAACUUUUCAUUUUAUUCCAUAUCUAUUAUUGUCAGUAUUUCAUUCAUGCCUUCAACUUCCUGCCUCAAAAUAUAUAUGGUGGAUCCCCACUGUAAAGCUGGCAAUGAGGACAGAAACAGCAUUUACCUUUUCCUGAGCACUUUUAAGAUAGGCUUUAAUUCUGUGUGUUGUGUUUUCAACCAGCCUUGUCUGGCCCUCAGUGUAUGACUGAUCUGUGAAAUGUUGUGAUGGAUUACAAUGGGAUUCUACUAUAUACAAAUUCACAUUGUUCUUUUCCCUCCAGGCAGAUUUGCAGAUGUAAUCUGGGUUCCCAAGCCCCUCUGAAUUUAAUUCACUGUCACUGAUUUUUUUCCUCCCACAGAGAGGCAAAAGAGAGCUCGCGCAAAAAUAGAGAAUAUAUACGAAAAAAAAAAAAUAGAGCCACAGCUUUUUUUUUUAAUAUAAAAGCUUGUACACGAUCACUUUAGUAAGCAUCUAGUGAUGUUUUACUGUUUUACUGAGGGCCCCUGAAGAGCCCACACUUCUGUAAUUGUCCCAUUCACUUCUUCAUGACAACUAAAUUAGUUGCUCAAGUGAGCUUUUAGUUCUUUUUCAGCAAGGUUCGCGACACUAGUCUCACCACUUUUGCCUGGACUUUGCAAGGGAUUUUUCCCUUAAAAUGUACUGCUUUAAACAGUGGGGGUUUCCCCAAGUUAUCCUUUGCUUUGGAAGUGUUGCAGUCAUAGAGCAGAAACCUUAAUUUCUAAAUGCUACAAUAGACCAUGAUCUAACAUCUUAAUCCUGUUAUUGCUUUCUGAGUCCUAGGUGCUACACAGGUAUGUAGUCUUUCUCUAGCACUAGCUGUAUGCUUAUGUUGUAAUAACAGGGUUACUGACAAGGUUUAUCAGCCUUACCCUUGGUGUCAUAAGACAUGAGUGGUAUCCCUCUACCACGCAGCACUGGCUCUUAGAGGGAGCCUGGAGGAAACUCAGAUUACUCGGGAUCUCUUCCUGUCGCUCCGUUGUUUGUGCCUCUGUUGUCGAGUCCUGUUCACCAGUGGAUACUUAGCUGCUGCUGAGUCCACCACACACAUUUCACUGCUGUUCAGAGGUACCAUGUUUGACUUAACAGAUACAAAACCAUGGUACUACAAACAAGUUUAAACCUGUUGGUAACUUUUGAGCAUUUCACAAACAACAUUGUAAAUGUGCGAUGUUAUGUUUUAAAUCAGACCACAGUGGUCCCCAAAUAUUAUGUACAUAUGCCAACUGUCAGUGUAACUUUUUAUUACACUGGCAAUUUCAUAGGUAAUGAAACCUAUGCUCCAAUGUUAAAUUAUUUGUGUGUAUAUGUAAAAUACACGAGCUUUAAGCUAUCUGUGUAAGACUAUGAAAGAUAAUGCAACCAUACCAGUUGUGAACAGUGGAUUAUAGUUAUGUUUGGUGGUAAUAAUUUAUGUAAUUUCAAGAUCUGUUGUAUUUUCUCUUCCACAUGCCAUUCAUUUGCUGAUUCUUGUGGUGUGACUAUGCCAGUUUAUUCAUUUGAGCUCAAAGCACAGUCAUCUCACCGUUUAAUGUUACCCAACAAGAGUUAGUGUAAAGUGAUGACAAGUUCCCAUUUCACCCGUUAACUUUUGCUUCAUCAAUUGGUGACACCUGGAUGAGGAGAUGUGCGCUGACUUCAUUGCUCACCCUGGGAUACUGCAUGAGCCCAUGGAAUUAGAGCUACUCCUAUUAGAUAAACGGGCAGUACACAUAGGUGCAUGUUCUAAAACAUGAGUCACAUAGAGCUGUGGAGUUUUGCCAAGUGGUACGUGUGUGACUUUAGCUUCUGUUUUUCUUUCUUUCUUUUUUUUACUAUGCAAAGAUGGGAAAUGCACAAACUUCUCAAAGACUAGUGUCUGAAGAACUUUCCGAACAGUACUUGAAUCCUCUCUUUAAAGUCAUCCCACCAUACUUUAUAGCCAUUGUUGCUUCCACUGUUAAUUUUCAUUUUUAAAUGGUUUCCAGUUCUUUAAGUGCACAGCCUGAAGUUUUGCUGGAAGCUAAUAAAUUCAUUCGUAUCUUGGUUGUCUAUAGAUGGGGAUUCAGUAGUCAUUGUAUGCAUCUUCAGUCAAGUGUAUAUUAAAACUUUUGUUAACAUUGAAUGUUGUAGUUUUUUACUUUGGUCAUUUUUCUUAAACCCUUUUUCUGUGCUGUCUUGUGUUGUUGAUUCAAUGGCUGUGCACCAGAUAUCUUUUAGCGCCGGUCUCUCAAUCAAAUUUAAUCGGUCAAUGGAGCAAAAUAAAAUCCUGAUUGAUGGUAAAUAUA